GACUCUCCCCGCGCCUGCGCAGCCGGCGAGAGCAGCGCCGCGAGGUGCAGGGCGUGGGGGUUCGUGCGGGCCUGAGGACAUGGCUAAGAGCCUGAGGAGCAAAUGGAAGAGGAAGAUGCGGGCGGAGAAGAGGAAGAAGAACGCGCCCAAGGAGCUGGAGAGGCUGAAGAGCAUCCUGCGGACCGGCGCGGACGUCGUCAUGGAGGAGGUCAAGGAGGUGGCGACCGUGCUGCCCGCCAAGGAGGCCUUGGAGAAGCAGGAUGACUGCAAAAUGGACGUAGAUAAUAAAAGAAAUAAAAAAACUCUCCUAGACCAACAUGGACAGUACCCAAUAUGGAUGAAUUCCAGGCAGAGAAAGAAGCUUAAGGCACAGCGCUUAAAAGGAAAGAAAAAAUCAAAGUUACCCAAAGGCCUAGCCUGGUAGAUUCAAAUUUUGUCAGAUUGUGAAUAUUUUACCUUUCAAAAUAAAUAUUCUAUACCAGCUACAUAUAUUUUUGUGCUUGACCACCGUGUAUGAUUUAUUGUGUUACGUGAACCUUUGAAGAGACUGCUUGGCCAGCAAAUGAUGAAAGCAAUAGCAAGUUGGUGUCUGCCAAACUUAGCAAACAAACAGUAGAAAAGCAAGCUGAGUGCCUUUGAAUGGACUGAAUGUCUGCUCAUCAAUUUUCUUUGGGGGAGGGAGGGUGGACAGGGGGCUGUUCAUCUUUUAUUUUGUGGAUGCUGGGUAACAGAUCCUGUACUUUGUCAAUGCAACUCUUCUAUUAGUAACUUUUACCAAAGGAUUCUGUAAACUCAGUGUAUUCUUUAAAUUUUUCUAUAAAACGACGUGUCUUGCUAAUCU